AUGCACAACACGUCGGCGCCUGCGGAUCCCGUGGUGGAGGCUUUCUCUGACAUGCUGCGUGAUUGCGUUCGGCCGGUUUCUGCACUUCUGUUGGAGGAGUUGCGUGGGGCGCCAAACGUGCCCGUCGAGGGGGAGCGGCAGAGUCUACGAGAAAUAUAUGCAUACAGUUGUGGGCAGCACCAUGUGCGUCCCAACGCAGACGUGCUGCGGCAACUUCCCCCUAGCCUUGGUGCCGAUUGGGUCACGGAGGUGAAGGUGCUUGAUUUCUCGCUUGCCUACCUGGGACGUGGCGGCUGUGCUGCGCUUGUCCCUGUCAUUGGCGUCUGUACCUCCAUGACACACUUAGUGAUGCCCUCCGUUGGUUUGACAGAGGAAGCGGCGUGGCCACUGCUUCUUAUGCUGCAGGCGCACCCCUCCUUGAUGUGGAUAGACCUCUCUGGAAAUCCUCUGAACGACAACGUCGGACGAUGGAUUUUGAGCAUGGUGCUGGAAAACCCCAACAUUCAGUUUCUGCUGCUUCGUGACACAGGCAUCAGCCUCCCAUUGGUGUUAAAAAUUACACAUCAAUUACAGCAUCGGAAACAGGCGACGACGGAUGUGUCGAUCCUAUUCAAACAAACCCUUGAUCUGGAGAGGCUCUCCUUCUCGGCUGCAGCAUCCCUCUCAGUGUCCGCUUCUACACCUGAUGCACCACGAGGGCGUCGCAUUCCCGCGUCUGUUGCUGCCGGGCUGGCUGAGCUGCGGCAUCGGUUACAUCGCAACCGGCACUGCAUCCAAAAAGUAUAUGAAUGUUUCAUCCUUCCUAAAUGCGACGCGGAUGGUAGCGAAAAUACCUGGGUAGAACCUUCAGUGGAUAUUGUCACGAUAAACGGGGAAUGGGACACUGUUUCUAUUUCAGAGAUGAUGACUGGGCGAUGCUCGUGGCGAGCAUUUUUUCGCGGGUUGCGUCUCCUGGGCAUCCACGCGGUUUCCCGCACUCUUACAGAGAGUGUGACCUUCGCAACCAUCUGCGGUAUAUGCAACUUGGAGACAAUUUAUUUUGGGAGGCUGCUGAGCUUUCUGAGGCCGCAUGUGGCUCUCAGAAUGGCGACACCACUGAGAGCCAACAUUAGCAUGAACAGCCACUUGUUGCUUGCCACUAUGGAUGAAUCUCCCCUGGUGUGUGAAACGCCGGGGUGCGAAGUGGCUCCACCACAACGGCCAACGUCAGUCAGUGGCGCUUGUUCCCUUUCCAUCACUCAUUUUUCGGUGCGUCCAGAGCCGGAAAAAUCUGCCUGCGCUUCAUCUUUGGCAGAGCCCCUCAUUCGCAAGUCCUCCGACCCGGCGAAUGUCGCGCUGGUUGUGAAACCGCGAGAUAGUAUUCGCUUAGGAGGCAAACCCUCUCCUGUACGCGUUGCAUCUUGUACGUCGCCUACGCUUAAUAAUACAAGAACUCCGUCCAGUUUGGCGACCCCUGAUAUGCCGGUUGUAUCUCUGGAAGAAGAAUUUAGGCUUGAAUGUUUUUUUCAUAAUCGGAAGACGCAGCAUGUGUUGGAUCGCCUCUACGACGCACGCAAAACCCUGCGUGAGUCGUUCCAAACGAGCGUCAGUAACGACGUGGUGGCUCCGCUCAUGGUUCGCAUUGAUGACGUGAUUGAACAGGCAGUGGCUUUUCUUGGGGAGGCUUAUCGGGAAGGAGUUAUGGCGCUGCUAAAACCCUGGAGAGGAGAGGAAGAGGAGUGUGCUAUGCUGCCUCUGGAAAAAUGGCUAAAUUCCAUGUAUGUGCCCGAAGCACGGGGAUCCAAUUUGCCUCCCUUCUCAUUGUCAGAGGAGAGGCGCAUGUGGAGAAGUGUGGAUGUGGAACGACUCCAAAACGUACUUCGUGCAUGCUGA